AUGUCUUCCGAGGGCGGAGGAGUGUCGUUAGCGGCAUGUGCAGCGUGUGUAGCUGCGAUCUUGCUCUUCCAGUACGUGGUAUCGUCUCGACCGCUCGAUGCUGCUCAGAAUGGUACGGCGCGACGUGUGGAUCUGCAUUUGCAACGUAAAAUGCAGCACCUUGGCACGGGGGCGAUGAUCUACGCAGCCUCGCGAUUAUUUGGCUCGUUGGCGGGGGCUUCAGUGCUGCUAUUCUUCGCUGUGUUAUUCUACGGACUACACGAGUUGAGGGGGCGAUAUGAGACGGUUAAUGCCGCCUACAUCAAGUGUUUUAGUAGUAUUUUACGGCAGUACGAAGUAUCGAGAGCGGCACUCCCUGGCGCGUUCUACUUUUUACUGGGAUCCGGCUUCUCACUCGCGUUAUAUCCACCUCGAGUCGCACGACUUGCAAUUCUUCAUUUGUCGGUGGGGGAUCCUGCUGCCGCGUUCUUUGGGGCGUUAUACGGUCGACACAAAUUGGUACAUUUAAUGGGGACGCUAGGAGGCAACAAGUCGCUGGAAGGAUCGAUUGGAUGCUUCUGCGUUGCUGUUGCCGCUACAUUUACGGCGUUAAUGGUGGAGCAAGAUUUUUAUUUCGACGUGAUAGGCAAUGACAUUAUGGCAAUCGCCGGUACUAUUUCAUUCGCGGCGGGAAUUAGUGCUGCGGCCGCGGAACUACUGGACAUCGGCGGGUGGGACGAUAAUUUGACACUUCCGUUGCUCUCUGGCGUCUUCUUGCAACUCGUUGUGGGUCAUUUACUUUAA